UUGGAAGAAAGCACCGAUGUGGAGCUGGAGGACGGGUGUUUAAUCUAUCGAGUCACCAGGUAGUUCGUGCUAUCUCAGUCAUGAAGCGUUGCGAUGGAAGACGACGUUAUAAUUAGAGCACAGCUUUUUCACAACCAAGUUCGUGAGUGCAUUAUCUGUGCACUGCUCUUCACUACUCUGUAUAUCCUCUCCUACCUGGUCAUCACUCGGUUUAAAAAGAAUGCAGACUUUGCAACAGACAAUAACGAGGAUGCAACAGUCAAUCGCAUUACGCUUUGGAUGUGCACAUUCACCCUUGCAGUAUCUGCUGGUGCCGUCUUCCUCCUUCCAUUUUCAAUUAUCAGCAAUGAGAUCCUACUUUCGUUGCCGGAAAACUAUUACAUGCAGUGGUUGAACGGUUCACUUCUACACGGCCUGUGGAACCUUGUUUUCCUCUUCUCCAACAUCUCUCUGGUGUUCCUAAUGCCUUUUGCAUACUUCUUCACUGAAUCUGAAGGAUUUGCUGGCUCAAAGAAGGGAGUAAUGGCUCGAGUAUAUGAAACAUUCGUUGUCCUCUUUCUUCUGACCCUCCUGGUUCUGGGGAUUGUCUGGGUGGCAUCUGCAAUUAUCAAUAAUGAUGCAGCUAGUAGAGAAUCUCUGUACGAUCUGUGGGAUUAUUACCUUCCAUACCUGUACUCUUGCAUCUCUCUAUUUGGAGUCCUGCUUCUCCUCUUGUGCACUCCUUUUGGCUUGUCCCGAAUGUUCACCGUCACGGGGCAGCUGCUUGUCAAACCCAGGCUUUUGGAAGAUCUGGACGAACAACUCAACUGUACACGAUUUGAAGAGGCAGCUGUAGUACACAAGUUAAAUGGCAAGUUGUCAUCCUGCUGGGUGUUUUUCAGUGUGGAAUCUCUCAAAAAUCAGUUCCUGAGUAUUCAUGCCAGGAGGCUGAAAUUGGAAAUGAGGAGAAGAGCAUCGCCGUGGCAGAGGAAUCUGGGUUAUCCGUUGGCCAUGCUGCUGCUUCUGGCAUUAACUGGAAUCUCAGUCCUGCUGGUGGGGUUCCAUGUAUUUGAAUUGCUUAUUGAUGAAACAGCCAUGCCUAAAGGAAUGCAGGAUCCUCCUCUGGGAAAAGACUCUCUCUCUAUGUUUGGUUCACUUGGAGCGGCUGUGGAAGUUGUUCUCAUUUUUUACUUAAUGGUGUCGUCAGUUGUUGGGUUUUACAGUUCGCCACUUUUCAUCAAACUUGCCCCCAGAAAGCAGGACACCACCAUGACCAAGAUAAUCGGGAACUGUGUGUCACUGCUUGUUCUGAGCUCUGCCCUGCCGGUAUUCUCCCGCACACUCGGAAUCACCAACUUUGAUUUGUUGGGGCACUUUGGCAGGUUUAACUGGCUGGGAAAUUUUUACAUAGUCUUUCUCUACAACAUGCUUUUUGCUGGCCUUACUGCAAUGUGCCUAGUCAAAAAGUUCACCAGGGCAAUACAAGCAGAACUUCUCCAUGCAUUUGGUUUGGAUAGAUUGCCCCUCUCAGUCACCCGAUCCAGCAUCUCUGCCGAGAUGGGUCCAGCUAACAGCAAGAGGCUCUUGUAGUGUUGCUGAUGGGUUAUGGCAGAUGAAACCUAAAUGGACUGAACUGUGUUAAAACUAUACUGUGAAAGCUGUUGUUCGUUGAUUUUCAAAGUUUCAGGGCUGGAUAGCGUCAACUUUCAACUCAGGAUCAGGCUGGUUCUUUUCAGUCCUUGGGGCUGCCCAGUCAGAAAUCUCUUUCCCACUAUGGCAAACCUAAACUUUGUUUACAUCAAUUGAAGCUGGAAUCUCCUUUGUUGUGAGACAGACCUCAUUAGGUAAUCGCAAACUGUUAUGCAAUGGAAUAAUCCAAAGCGGCUGAUAUUUCAGACGCUUAAAUGUUUACACAAUAUACUCUGUGCAAUAUGUUUUUAAAAUGUGGAUUUAGCAUGUUUUAUUUAAAUGUAUUUUCCCUUGUUGGAUUUUUUUAAAGUUUGCAUUGACUGAGAUCAUUCCAUUUUUAUUUUUAACUUACACUUAGGCUGUCAAAAUGGAGGGAAUCUGAAUGAUUUCCUUGUGUUCUUGUGACAGUGGAUUGGAGAACAGAGAAAUUGUGCUCAGAAUAAAGCUGAGAUAUGUGUAUAGUGGCUGAGGUUUGAGUUUUGACCAUCUUAAUUAUUACAAGAUGCUACUUGUGGAGAACCCUCUGGGCUGUGCUCCAUCCAGAGCCAUAUAAUGGAGGUAGUGGAGAGUGUCUGCUGACAAAGUAACCCAGGCUGCUAACCUUGAAGAAAGUUGGUUGGUAUAGUGUGAUUUUUCUCAGAGGCUACUAGAACAUUGCACAAGUUUGUUACUAAAUGAAAACCAUCCAUCUCUUCUAUCCAAAUCACCACAAACUCCUCAAUAACUAUUUACAAAGUUACAGGAGUUCUAAUCUGAGAACUAAACAGUUGCUUUAUUAAUGGAGGUGUUGAGGUUACUGAUGAAACAUCGCUUGGUCUUUGUAUUCUUCACUGUUGUUGUUCUGUGAAUUAAGUAUCAGAAGCUGUAAGCGUAUGGUAGUGCAUGUAUAUUCGGCCUGCUUUGCUUCCCAAGCCAACCCAAAACAGUUUAAUUGGAUUGAAGGACUGAAUGAAGUUGCAUUUUAUAUCGACCAGAUUAGAGGCAGCAGUAUCAAUUAUCUGCUGGCACUUCGGGGGGGGGGUGGGGGUUGGCAAGACUCAUCUGUUGCAUAAAUAGGUGAUCCAUCAACAAACUAGAAUCACUCUGGAUGUCAAAAAAUAAGGAUAAUGCUUUCUGGCUAUUGAUAUUCCUGUGGGUUUAGCGUAAAAUUGCUGGUGUUUUGGGCAAUUGGAUUUUGAGCACCAAUAUAGUGACUUCCAUGCUUCGUUGAUAAAUUGCAUACGAUCAUCAACUCAUUUGGACAGCUACUGGCUCCUUUUGUUCAUCAAUGAUGACGUAUUUUCUCUCUAUCCUGACCUCUUGCAUUGCAACUACCUGAGGCUUCACUUCACUUCACUCCCGGUGGGCUGGCCGGCUCUCCUUCCUGUCGGUGAUAAACCUUGCCAUAGUGGCAUCAGAAUUUGGAAAUUGAUUGCUCAUUUCUUGCAAAUUGGUGGAAAAUGUAUCAGCCCUCCAGAAAGCAAUGAAUUAUCCACUUGAUUGUCACCACCACAGAGGCACACAGAAGUAGAGGAAAAUGAAACACAAAGCGUUUGACAAACUAAUUCUCCAAUUGCGGCCCUGCACUCCUCUUCAUUUAUCCUUUGUACAUAAAUCUGUUUUCCUGUUCCUUAACACUUCCCUGAUGACUGAAUAUUGUCAAGCUGUUAUUCUUUUAAAUGGUGCUGUGUUACCCAUUUCUGCAGUUAAAAUCAUGGCCCAUUUAGCAAAGAUGUCAAAUCACUGCAGGAUGGCAUUUGAGAUUUAAUUUUGGCAGACAUUUUAAGUUAUGUAAACCUGUUAUAUUGGGAGUGGCAUAUUUUGUGGAACUUGCCAAUAGUGUUUUUUAAAAAAAAAUGUAAUGACUGAAUCCAGGGUCACUGAUGGGUCUCGCUAAAGCAGGACAAACCUGAAGGAAGCUUGGCAGUAGGUAUGCAGGCAAAAUCAAUGUGAUUUGCUCAACCUUCCAGCAGCAGCUACAUGAAGGAAGGUUUUGAAUUUAGGAAAGGAGGUGGAAGCCUGAUAGCAAGAGUUUUAAUAGUGAUCUUCAGUGAAGCCCCAACCUUGCUAAACUUGUUUGAAAUCCCCUCACAAAGGGUAUUGGAAAUUGCAGUUUGUAAUGAUCCAAUGUGUAACCAUACAGUACAUGAAAGUUGAGGUGUCAUAGUAGAUGAGCGCCUUGCUUGAAGGCAUUUGAGAAUAUGCAAGUGUAGAAUUAUAAUAGAAUGUUCCUUAUUAAAAUCUGGGUUUGAGUUAGAAAUUGCAUUUCCUUUUGGCGAUAGGACCACUUGGGUGCUGUGGUACAAGUUCAACACCUGAUAUCUAACAGAAGUUCUUUUGACAGAAUCCAUAUCCCAGUAAGUCACUAAUGUGCAUGUGUCUCCUCCCUUUUUUUUUGGAACAGUAAAAAUCUUCAUUUCUAAUUGGAUUCUUAAUCAAGAGUCUCGACUAAAUGGUUUUAGCAUCAAAGCUCUUGGUUGAAUUUGAUUUACAAAAGCUUGCUCUGCUGGGACUGAAUUGAGGAAUAGGCCCUGUAAGAUUGUGUUUCAAUUCUGCACUUACUGAUGACGAUUGUGUGAUAAACUAAUUAUCCCUCAAAGCCAAGAACAAUUUUAUUUAGCACAUAGUCAUGGGACAUCAGAGCAGACUGGUGUCGGAUGUUCUGUGAUCUGGCCACAGUCCUGAACUGUCAUUACAAGGUAAUGUUUUGAGAACCUAUUCCAAUAUAUUUGAUAGGUCCAAAAUGAGAACAAACCCAUUUGUAAUUUCCCUAAUUGUCUCUUUUAAUGGAGCAAAUGGACCUUUGUAGAGGUUGACAACCUUUCUAAUAUUUAUCCGGCACACACUUAAAAUGUGAAUGCAAGUAAUCUUUUUCUCUACUUUUAUUGGAGCUUUUUCAUGAGAUGGUUUUUGUUUACAGGCCAGCUGAGAGGUUUUCAUUGUUGUUGGCUCAUUCUUUUAUGCAUGAACAUGUUUGCAGUGUUGCCAUAGAGACCAGUUCUAGCCAAUAUAAUCAACCUUUUAUGAAGUUUAAUGGCAACUUUUUUUUUUGUGUUUUCGAUAUUGCCAUUUUAACAGAAAUGUUUUUUGAUGCACUGGUAGAUGUUGAAGGUUACAGCAGUAGCUUUUGGUUGUAACGUAGCAGCAAAGUGUCAGCUUUGUUACUCUUCCUGCAUAUCAAAUGGUCCGUGAUGGUUGUGUGCAUCAUAGUCAGAUUUCUGUAUGACCGGUGGAACUAUAGUUUGAAGACUGUGGUUCAUUCUUUUCAGAUCAGUCUAUAAACUGGAUAUAGUUGAGUGGCUCGUAUUAACAUUAACCACAGCUGUGUUUCUUAGAUCAUCAUUCAGUUACAUAUUUAAUGUGAAUAUGGUUCAACUAGCUCUUGGACACACUGUGGGUAAAGGUCACUGCCUUGCAUCGUCAGUUUAGUUCCCUUGUUAGCAUUUGCUGCCGAGGCUUGCACAUGAAGGGUUGAGGUACCAAGGAUAGUUGGUGCCUAUUGAAUUGUAUCCCAGUCUGAGUCGAUGCCUUCCACAGAAGGACAUCACUUCAGUGUGCAUCAAUUUUUGCUCCUCUGCUAGGUUUGACAUUCCAAGUGUAGGGUUUGGAUUUGUUUAAAUUAGUCUAUCUGGUGGAAAUUCCCAGUCGUGGGGCAUAUUCUUAAUGCCGUUUUUAGUUAUGGGUUUUCAAAUAUUUUGGAAGCCCAGCAUUCCAAUGUCUCAGCAGCCAGUCUCUGAAAGUAGUUUUGUAUUGGAGUGAAGUGUGUGUGUGUGUGGUCGUCACACCUGUGGGGAAAAUGUGUCAUUUUUUAAAAAAAAUUGUUCAUUAAAUGUGUUAUGUGAUUUGAACUUGUAAUACAAACCCAUGUUGUAUCUUUCUACAUAACCUGUUAAAUACAAUGCAAGUAAAAUUUUUAAUCAAAAACCCUUUGUGUUCACUUGUUGAAUGUACUCACCAUGGAAUUCUAUUAGCCUUUUUUGUGCCUCAAACCUUGACCUGUGUCAGUUUUGGGGUUUCUUCACUUUUUUUUAAUUGUGACAAUUCUUGCGUGUGAGCUCGGACUCCCUGCAAAUGUUUGCAUCUGCCUAGUGAGUCAGGUGAAUGCAUAACAAGGACAAAGAACGGUCUGUUUAUUUUGUCUGCAGGCUUUACCAGUGCAUGGUAGCAGUACAUUCUUCUGUAGUCAAGCGAGAUGCUUUUCUCUCCACCUUGAUGUAUACCUUCAGAAAUUGACUUGACAGCAAUUAAAUUUAAAUAG